AUGAGAGUAUUUGUGACUGGGGCUUCUGGAUUUAUUGGUACCGCUGUAGUAUCAGAACUGGUCGGUCUAGGCCACGAGGUUGUUGGCUUGGCAAGGUCUGAAGAAUCAGCUGCAAAGAUUAAAUCAGUAAAUCCUGCUGUGAAGAUCCUUCGUGGCGAACUCAAGGAUCUAGAUACUUUGAAAAAAGGUGCUGCGGAGUCUGAAGGGGUGAUUCAUCUAGGUUUUGUUCAUGAUUACGAAAAAUACGAUGAAUGCUGUGAAAUUGAUCGACAGGCUACUGUGGCUAUGCUAGAGUCACUUAAAGGGACCAACAGACCAUUUCUAUAUACCAAUGAUACGUUUGGGCUACGCUCAGGUAAGGUAGCUUAUGAGGAAGACGCCAAUGACGAAAAUUUAAAAAAUCCUCGUGCACUUAAUGAGGAAACUGCGUUGAGUUACAAAGAUAAAGGUGUUUCAGUGAGAUGUGUCAGGUUGGCGCCUUCGGUUCAUGGAAAGGGAGACAAAGCGUUCGUUCGAGUGUUAAUGAAUAUAGCAAAAAUUGCUGGAGAGUCUGGCUAUAUAGGAGAAGGCCAAAACGUCUGGUCCGCUGUUCAUCGCUUAGAUGUGGCUCGUUUGUUCAGACUAGUUCUAGAGAAGGGAAUAAGCGGCCGAGUUUACCACGGUAUCGGUGAACAAGGAAUACCACUCAAGAAUAUUGCACAAGAAAUUGGAGAAGUUUUGAACGUCCCUGCAGUCUCUAUUCCUGUGAACAACGCCGAAAAACAUUUUGGCCUUAUGGCCCUUUUUAUCGCAACGGAUGGUCCGACUUCGAGCGAAACUACUCGGAAAGAGCUAGGAUGGGAGCCACAACAACUUGGCCUUCUUGAAGAUAUUAGCACAAACUAUCGACCAAAAUAG